GUGUAUGUACAGGACUAGUCUACUACUACUACACUCUCUUUGUCAGGGCCACAACACGCAAAACGUUCAUUUAGGACAAAGAAUCAGGAAAGCCAGACAUUUUUGCACUGUUAUACUAUAUGUUGUUGUACGCUGGUGAAUGUAGGUAGCCGCGAGUGUAUGAAUGGGAGACAGGUCGAGCUCCUAUUGGUUAGGAUCUUACGUGAUGAUAGACAGUGUUGGGGCUGCUGGUAUGGGGCUAACACCACCAGGAAUUAUAGUCGAUAAUAUAAUAACACGCCUCAUAACAGAGCCUAUCGUUACACGUGAACAUAGGGACAAGGGCCUUCAGUAACGUUAGGGUUCGUUACAGGGAAUUAGCUGGAACUAGGGAUCCCCCGCCUGGCUCCUCAGAGGCAAAACUCUCGUAUUACGAUUAGUGGUGUCGCUCCACUUCGACGCUAUACGGAUGACGGCAUACAUAGGAGGAAACGUGUAAAUUUCAAUAGUGAUUUUUUAAAGCAUGUGAACGUCGGUGAAUGAUGGAGGGAAGUUACGAGUGUAGGAUGUGAAUACACGGAUAAGCUGUACACACUGUUUAUCUCGUAUGUACACACACUAGCUUCGAGUCAUGUGUGAGCUAGAUAUGGCAUUAUUAUACUUCACUCGUCCACCAAUGUCAAGACGGAAAUAUUUGGAAUUUAGUUUUUCUAUACCAUGGGAUUUACCUAUCUAGUCGUUCUGAGGCCAGUCCGAUGAAUUAUCGGACUCUAGGAAGUGUCCGAAAUUGUGCCGCAAUCAAAUGGACAUUACUUUUCAGCUGAUGUCCAAACUAGGAUCAAAGAUUAUUGUGGUUACUGUGGUUCUCUGGUCAAUCUGUUCGGCGUUGUCCUCAGUCUUAGCUGUCACACAGACUCCAAAUUACGAAUUCAAUCUACCUUUAUACCAAAAGGAUAUUGUUUGGUUAACCUGCCCUGAAGGCUGGAGAAAGGUUGGUACAAAGUGUCUAUAUGUGGACACAAGGAAAAUCACAUUUGCUGAUGCACAGGACUCCUGUAAAAGAUAUGGUGGUAAUCUGUUGAGGAUUAGUGGGUUUAAUUACAACCAGCUCUAUGGUGAUGAGAUCGCUGUAGCAGUCAGCAGCUUGGAAUCCAGAAAUAACACCAACAGUGUCUUUGAGCCAAUAACGAAAAUCUGGAUCGGAUUGUAUCAAGAUGAGUAUGGAGAGUUUUUGUGGACAAAUGGACAGCUAGCACAGGCUAAAGAGGGAUUCUGGUCCCUCCAUCAACCAUUAGUCUUUCAAUUAGGUAUCAGGCAAUGCUGUUCUAUCAGCCUGCUCCCCACACAGUAUGGAAAGUACCGGUGGGGGUUGGGUAGAUGUGAGGAUCGUCUACCUUUUGUGUGUGAGAGUAAUGCGUGUGUUAUAGAUCAUUUCCGGUGCAAGGAUGGUAGUAGGUGUAUCAGCAACUCAUCUGUGUGUGACGGAAAGAAAGACUGUGCCGACGAGUCGGAUGAACAAAAUUGUAGAGCCACAUGUGGUGGUCAUCUCCAAGGAACACAAAAAACAUUCCAUUCGCCAAACUUUCCACAAUCAUACCCGAAAUUGUCAUCAUGUCACUGGAGUAUAGAAUCAUCCAUAGGUACCAAAAUACAAUUAAAGUUUGACAGCUUCGAGAUAGAAGAGCUGAAUGAUGUAGUAGAAAUCUAUGAUGGGAGCACCUUAAAUGAACCGCUGGUCGGUAGACUUUCAGGCGCUGACAUACCAGAAGUCAAGCUUUCGUCCAAUAAUAUACUUUUAGUCAUUUUCAAAUCAGAUGAUAGCAUUCAACUGUCUGGCUUCAAUGCCAGCUGGGAGGAAGUGGUGAUAAAUACAUGUGGUGGAAACCUGGUAGCAGACUCUGAUGAGAACUGGUUUACUUCACCUGACUUCCCCAACAGUUAUCCUCCCAACCUUAUCUGUGAUUGGAUCAUCCAGGCAGGUCAGGGUGUGAUCUCGCUACAGUUCGUGGAGUUUUCCCUGGAGGAGACUGUAGAUUGGGUGGAGGUUAGAGAGGGUGCUCACGACAGUGGACACUUGUAUGGCAGAUACUCGGGGGAGGAUGUCCACCGUGUGGUGGUUAGUAAGGGGAGCAGCAUAUUCCUUAGACUGGUCACAAACCCUGGUGGGGAAACUCGGUCAGGCUUCAACGCUACCUACAAGUCUGGUUGUGACUUGGUGCUACCCCGUGGGUCUGUGGAGAUUGCGUCCCCUGGGUAUGGAACGGAGAGCUAUCCAUUUGGUCUGGACUGUUCGUGGACCAUACAAGACCCAUAUCACCGUGAUCUCACUCUCAUCUUUGGUGCUAACUUUUAUACCGAGUCACAAUUCGAUGUUGUAACAGUAUUUAAUACAAGUUCUGAUGACAAUCAGCCAACAGUAUUCUCAGGCAAGCUUCAACCAAAGCCUAUCAUAUCUGACACUGGUUUUUUUCUGGUCAAGUUUUCAUCUGAUUCUGAUGUGUCUUACAGUGGAUGGCAUGCCAGCAUCUCUUACGAUUGUCCUAGUCUACUUCCACUGCCAAAUAAUGCCAAAGUGGACACAACAAGUACCAUGCUGGGAGAUGUAGUCCACUAUAGCUGUGAUAGAGGGUACCUUUUAGACCUACCCGACCCACGAGUCUGUGAUAUAGGUGGGGUGUGGUCUGCACCCUCCCCCCGGUGUAUAGUGUAUGACUGCGGGUCUCCCACUAUUCCACUCCAUGGAGGCCUCCUUAGUAUGAAUUCUACCUUGUAUGAUGGAGUGGCAGUUUACCGGUGUGAUCUUGGCUACAUCCUCCAGGGCAGCUCCCUAGUGAGGUGUACAGAAAAUGGAUGGCAGGAGAGGCCAUCAUGUCAAGGGUUUACAUGUCCAAAAGUGUCAGCGGGUGUGAAUUCUCAUAUAGUUUCUCUCCCGUCUGACGAUUUUCAUUAUGGUGCUAUUGUAAAGUUUGGCUGUGCUGAACACUUCCGUAUGCUGAAUGCCUCCAUUGCCUAUUGUACAGAAGAGGGGCGUUGGUCCAGUCCAGCCCCGUACUGUGCUCCUCCCCUAUGCCCUGAGGUGGAAAUAUUUAAUGGUAGAAUCAACACUACAUUGAUGCGGCAGCCAGUGGGAGGGGAGACAAUCCAAAUAGUAUGUGACAAGGGAUACCGACUUCCUCCUAGAGUCCAGGACACGGUUCUGUGUAAUAUGGAAGGAAAGUAUGAUAAAGACAUUCCUAUUUGUAUAGAUAUAGACGAGUGUAAAUCAGACAGUGACAAUAGCUGCAAUAAAACCAACAGCACCUGUCGCAAUCUCCCAGGCCAGUAUUACUGUGACUGUCACAAAGGCUGGUACAAGGGAGACAACCUAGAAGAUAACUUCAAGGACUGUGUUGACGUGCAUCUUAAAGAUGUGAAUGAGUGUGAGCAGAAUCAUGUGUGUGAUCAUCAGUGUUCUAACUUUGAUGGUGGAUACAGAUGUCAGUGUCUACAAGGUUACAAGCUCUACACUGGGAACGACUGGGUCUUCACCAAGAAUGGACUGCUUGUGCCAAAUGUUUCUUGUAUAGUUACAUGCUCAGGAUUCAACGUAUCAGAGGUGGGUCAUAUGAUGGCAGAUUCAGUGCUGUUGUAUGAUGGAACUUACAUUGCUGGAACUAAAAUGUAUGUGACAUGUCCCUGGGGCAGACUUCCAGACACACCCAGCCCAGCCACUUGUCAGACAAAUGGAGAAUGGACUCCAACCAUCACAAUCUGUCAAUUGGUGGACUGUGGUCCUUUACAGCACCCAGACAAUGGACAAGUGUACUUUGGUUCAACAACAUACUUGGCUGAGGCUACAUACAAGUGCUACUGUGGCUACCUGUUAUAUGGAACCUCCCAGAGAGUGUGUCGAGCGGACGGUGUCUGGGAUGGGCAGAAUGUAUUUUGUAAUCGUGACAUUAUCCUGUACUGCUCCUGA